AUGCCUUCGAAAAUGCUCCUUCCGCCCCGGUGCUGGCUGCUGGGGCUCUUUUCGGUGACGGCGCUUACGUUCAGUAUCACGUCGGCAAAAAUUUACGAUCGCUGCGAGCUUGCUCGUGAGCUACACGAUCGCUUCAAAUUCAGCAAACGGGACCUCGACAAAUGGUUGUGUUUGGCGUAUUGGGAGAGCCGGUUCGACACUCGAGCGUACCACAAGGGACGCUACGACGGAAGUGGCGAUCAUGGAAUCUUCCAAAUCAAUGACAAGUACUGGUGUCAACCCUACACCGGCUACUCGGAGAACGUCUGCAAAGUGCCCUGUUACAUGCUGAGAGACGAUAAUCUCGAGGACGACAUCCAAUGCGUGAAUAAGAUUUUCCGGAGGCACGGCUUCCACGCGUGGAUGAUGUUCACCCAUAAGUGCUCGGGCAACACACUCGAGUUCUUCAACGGGUGCGACAUAAAGAGCCGCAAGGGCCCUCUGCCGCGGUUCGAUACCCAGUCCAGCAGCAUAUCACCGACAUACGUACGCCGACCGAACCAAACGGCUGAAGAUAUGGAGCCCAGCGCAACCAGUCACGAAGCGCUGCAUACGUCCGCUGAAGAGUCCAUCCACACCACGGGGGGCGAAUAUCCCCUACCCAAAUACACGAGCGUUCCGAGUCACUCCGCAUCGCACGGAUACACAGCUUACAGCUCCGCAUCCGUCCCGGUGCAGAGUAAUCUCUAUAGACAGGCGUCCAUUCCCCAAACAGUCCACAUUCCGGCUCCUCAUGUCGGAGGUGGGGUCAGCCUGAUGUCUCCCUCCAUGGGAAGUCAAGGACUUUAUCUGAACGGACAAUCCCUGAGCUCUCAAGCCUUCGGAACUGCAGCUCUGAGCGGGCACUCGCAGUUGGGGAACCCCCUCGGUUUCUCUCCCGACAUGUCACUUUUCUCCUCCUCCUCCUCCUUAACACCUCAGGCUUCACAACUAACUCCGUUGGUGGAGGCUCCUAAAUCAGUUCCUAAACCUGCGAAGCCGGGGGUGAUCCAGAGACUGCAAGGUGCGUUGAGACCCCCUUUCAGGGUAAGGCCCGUUCUCUCCAUAGGUCUAGGACGCAGUGGACGGCAAAUGUCAGCUUCUAAAGUCUUCAAUACGGUACUCGGUGGAAAGAAGCGAAAUUUGCUCGGUUCAAAUCACAAUCCACUAGUUGAUCUCCGAAGAGUGCCGUUCAGAACUUCAGGCCGAGCCGUCGCGGUCGCGGGCUCAGCCCCCGCGCCGAUGAUCGUUCCUCCGGCGCCGCUAAUUCCGGGAUACGGAGCCCCGAUCCUGGUGCCGGUGAAUCGAAUGAACAGUAAUCUCGAUAAACGGAAGAGCAAUAACUUGCGGCUACCCCCAACUACCACGACGCGGCCCGUGGACCCGCUCAUACAGGCGCUCAAUGCUCCAUUCAAAAGCUCCCAGAAAAAGAAACCCGCCGAUGAUUCGGAAGAAGAUCAAGUUGACGAAGAGGACAAGCGAAAAUAA